AUGAGCGCUCCAGGUUCACCGCCCAGCCGCAAAAGGCCGGCCGACGAUGAAUCGGAUGCAUCGGGAGCCAAAAAGGCCCGGGUGGAAAAUGCCGAGGCUGCCUCCAACACGCCGGCUGAUGAUUUCGAGGAGGGCGAGAUAGGAGAGUCGCCUUCCGGGUCUGAAGCAGCGUCGCCCAAGGACAACGAGGCUGGAGCCGAAACCACGCCAGCGCAAGGUGGUUGGAACCGCGGCGUUAGUAGCGGCCUGCGGACAUCCUUCAUAUCGCUGAGCACAUCACAAAGCCUACGCAAAAAGUCGCAAAAGAAGGAACCCUCGCCAGAGACCGCACCAGAGAGACACACGGCGGCACCUAGCACAAAGACUAAAAACCAAACGCGUCCAAAGAGCUCAUCGCCGACAGACCAAAAUAUCGUGGAUGGCUGGCUCGCCCUUCCUCCUCAUGAGCCCUUCGCGAACUUCAAGGCCCGACCAAGGUACCCAGAGUCGUGGCAGGAACGCUUUAUGAAAUUCUGUGGGGCCCUUAUCAGGCACAACAUCCGAUGGCCCCAGACCACGAUGGACGAGGCUCAGGCCAAAAAGAUGAACAACCCCGAUCUCUUGUACAAGGCUUGGGGGCGGUGGCUGCAGGACCACGCGGAUCAAAAAUUCUGCAGUUACGAUCAGGUGGCUGGUGGAAUCAAGCAGGCGAAAUUGACAAGGCAGAGUAGUGAACGACUCGGAAUGGUCAUCUCUGAAGCACUCAAUGGAGAAGGUCAAGAGCCAGAGGAGCCAAAGACAGAGGCUCAGGAGCUGAAGAAGAAGGGAAAGUUUGCUCAGGCAAGCUGGACCCAAUUCACCCUCCAAGGCACCAGAUUCGAGAAUCUGACAAUUCCACCGUUGGACUCCAAGUCGGAUCUGGACAAUCUGAAGAAGAACAAUCGCCUUUGGAGGACCAAAUUCCUUCAAUGGUCUCAGGAGUUCAUCAACCUGAAUCCAGACCUUCUGACUUCCGAUACACCGGAGCUCCUGGGCGUUAUCUGGACGACCUGGUGUAAUUGGUUCAGACAAAUUGUGGGCAAGAACAAAAUUCCCGUCGGAAAGGACGUUGCUAGGAAUUUCUUCCUUGACCACAACGAGGACGUUGAAGCCGUUUACCAUGCUAUUACGGCAGCCAGCCCAAAGCCUGCUCAAGAUGAGACAGUGGAACCUCCAAAAUAUGAAGAGAGAGAAGAAGCUGCCGAUGAGCAGAGCGAGCGCACACAAGCGGUGGCCGCCAGAAACGAGGAGCAACAACAACUAUCACAACCCGCAACACCCAGAAACGAAGACCUCGACCUGCACAUCCGCCACAAAUACUUCUGCGGUCUCGAGCACAACCAGCUCUUCUGUGUCGAAUGCGCCUCCUACUCGCACGGCUCCUCCCAAUGCCCCCUCCUCACCUGCCGGUGGUGCCGCGCCGUCGCCGAGCACCCCUACUACGCCUGUCCCACCCGCCGCCGCUGCACCGAGUGUAGGCAACUCGGUCACGACGCCGAGUCUUGCACCGAGAGGCUUGCCCUCCCGCGCGACCAGAUGGAUUGCGCCAUCUGCGGCUCUACCGAUCACCUGGAAGAGACCUGCGUUGAGCUCUGGCGUACCUACAAGCCCGAUCCGCUCACUUCAUCCAAAGUCAAGGCUCUGCCUGUCUAUUGCUACUGCUGCGGCAACGCAGGUCACUAUGGAGCCGACUGCGGCAUGAACAUGGCGCGCCCGUCUACUAUUACCGCGUGGGAGACGUGGAGCAAGAGCAACGUGGAGCAGCUCUACAUCGACCCGGAAUCAGCCAAGAUCCCCAUCGCACUGCAGCCGAUGCCCAAGGGCUCUGUGUUGGCGCCUUAUAAAGAAGAGGAUCCGUAUGCGGACUGGGAUGCGGACAGCAACGGUCGUCCAGACUUUGGACACAGCAUUGCCCCGCAGAGACAUGUCUUCUUUGAGGACGACGAGGACGAAGAAGAUGAGGGGUUUAUUAGGCCUCCCGUCACUCAGAAUCAGGGACCUGGGUCCGCUCAACACGGGAAGAUCAACUUUGGUGGUAACCGUGGUGGACGCGGCAAGAACGGUGGCGGUACUGGUGGACAGAGACACAACCCGCCGCUUCCGCCUGGUCCCCCUCCGCAAAGACUGAGGGAGUUCCAGAGCUAUAACCAUGGCAGGGGAGGCGAUACCUUUACAAAUGGCCCUGGCGGCGGCGGACGUGGUGGUGGGCGUGGUGGUGCUGGUGGAGGUGGUCGUGGUGGCCGCGGUGGAUUUGGCGGCGGCCGGAGGGGCAGAGGUGGGAAGAACCAGUGGUCAAGGGGACAUCACUGA